AUGAAUAGUCUGCCGAAACAGGAGGCACAGAAACUGGCCCGAAACUCAGCCCAGGAAUUCAUCCAACACACCAGGAGGUUCAUCACUCGGAUUUACUCUAACUGGUCCAGAAUUGACUCCUCUAACUUCUACCCGCAGGAAUUCUGGAAUGUCGGCUGCCAGAUGACCGCUUUAAACUUUCAGAUGCCGGGGAUUCCAAUGGAUCUGCAGGAUGGAAAGUUUCGGGAUAAUGGGAGAUGUGGAUAUGUACUAAAGCCCGAAUUUCUGCGUAAUGAAGACUGCAGCUUUGUUCCUCAUGGACACAAACACAGGACACAACUGAUAUUUUUCACCAUUAAGGUGAUCAGCGGCUUCCUCCUGCCACAUGAAAGUAUCUGCAAAACCAAGCCCAGCCUGAUAGUGAAGGUGGAGAUUUAGGGGGUUCCAGUCGAUGAGGGGCGGAAACAAACACAAGUGGUGAACAACG